AUGGGAAGCAUGUGGGAUAUGGUUAAGCCAGCUUUGUUAAUGGUUUCAGUGCAAAUAGUAUUUUCAGCUUGCAAUGUUCUUUACAAACUUGCCAUUUUUGAUGGUAUGAGUACCAUUGUUAUUACAGCUUAUCGUCUUGCCUUUGCUGCGAUUACCACUAUUCCUUUUGCUCUUCUUUUUGAAAGGAAGAGGCCAAAGAUGACAUGGAGGGUGUUUUUCCUUUCACUUCUAAGUGGCUUAUUUAUUGGAACAUUAUUUCAAAAUCUAUUCUAUGGAGCACUGGUUUUGGCAUCAGCAACUCUUGUAUCAGCAAUUUUCAACCUUAUUCCCGCCAUCACCUUUGCCUUGGCUGUAUGCUUCGGUUUGGAGAAAUUAAAUUGGGGAGCACCAACAGGAAAGGCAAAGGUUAUAGGAACUAUAGUUGGGCUUGCUGGGGCUUUACUUCUUACAUUUUACAAAGGAGUUGAAUUUGAUAUUUGGCCUUUUCAUAUCAAUCUUUUGGAGCCAAAAGACAACCAAAUAGAACGUGUCACUGAUACUACCUCUGAAUUGUUAGGUGUUUUAUGUGCUGUAGUUAGUUGCUUUUGUUUCUCUAUCUGGCUCAUCAUCCAGGCUAAGAUCAGUGAACUAUAUCCAUACCCUCAAUCAAGCAUAGCUUUGAUGUGUGUAAUAGCAACAAUACAAAGUUUUAUUUUAGGUUUCAUAGUUGAGAGUGAUUUGAAUCAAUGGAAGCUUGGUUGGGAUAUCAGGCUUCUCACCGUAGCCUUUUCGGGAAUUGGAGCUUCUGGAAUAAUGUAUCUUGCCAUGGCAUGGGUUGUACAGACGAAAGGCCCUCUAUAUACGUCUGCUUUCAACCCUAUAAUGCUUUUGAUUGUGGCUAUCGUUGCAUCUAUGAUUUUGGAUGAGAAGUUAAACUUAGGAAGUAUACUUGGAGGAAUGUUGAUUGUGUGUGGCUUAUACGCGGUGUUAUGGGGAAAAGGUAGAGAAAUACAAAAGAAGAAUAUACUAGAGACCUUCAAAGCUGAUGGCGAUCCGGAAGCAACAAAACCAUUGUUGAGUCCAUGAAAAGCUAGGUCAUCAUAAAACACGACAAUAACCCUCUCAUUGAAAUUCCAAUGCUUAACUAUGAAUGUUGGGAAUAGUUGUGCUCUCUUUAAAAAAAUAAAAAUUUCACUUUA